AUGGCCAAAGCUGUCAUCAGCUGUCAGAAAUUUCGGUGCAAAACAUUGAGGUAGAAAAAAGUAUCACAUAUACAGUUUAUUUGCGAAAAAAAAACAAUGUUUUUCAAUCGUUUGACCACAUUUGCGUUGAAAACGCAGCAUGUUGCUGGAUUUGAGCUUCAACAAAUCCGAACAAAAUGGGCCGAUGCACGUAUGAAACGGGACUAUCUACGACGUAAAGUGGUGGAAAAAGAGAAUAUUACCCGUCUCCGUAUCAAUGCCUUGAGAAAAAACACAAUUUUACCGCGUGAAUUGCAAGAGGUGGCUGACGCUGAGAUUGCUGCCCUUCCAUACAGAUCGUCAAUAACGCAUUUAACAAAUCGUUGUGCUGUAACAUCUCGUGCACGGGGUAAUGUUCUCCGCUGGCGUAUCAGUCGAUUCGUUUUCCGUCAUCUCACCGAUUACAAUAAAAUGUCCGGUAUUCAAAGAGCGCACUGGUAGACGAUAAUCCAUCAAAUGAAUUGUAGCAUAUUUUAAAACUGUCGAAUAAAUGUAAAAACCAACUGAAA